ACUGGUAGCUAUGAAACGUCUGCUGAGUCUAGGCAUUUAUUUAUUGGAUGGAGAGGGCCAGAUUUGGAGGAUGAGCUUUUUCUACUCAAUGAAAUCAGUGUGGUCACCUCACAUGGUGCCUUCGGAUACCUUUUUGUGGACGGUUAUAUGUAUCAGACUGCAGUAUGGGUUUAUUUUAAUUCUUCCCAUACAUCCAGGUACGCUAAACCAUAGAUAUAUAGAGCACUCGAUGUAAGCUGCUUUCACACCGUAGCGGUGUGAAGCAAGCAGCACCUUGCGGCGGCGUCUGUCAUCACAGGCGGCCAUCUUGCCACAGUCAAGCUUCCUGGUUGAAUCUGUACCUGAGGAAAUUGCUGACAAGUGAAGAUGCCAGACUUUUGUGCGGCCUACGGAUGCACUAAUCGACGAACUCUCGAAACGAGAACCCUUGGGAUCACCUUUCACCUGUUUCCCAAAUCCAAAGAGAGGAGGAUUAAGUGGGAACUUGCCCUAAGAAGGGACGGUUUUGCUGCCUCUGACAGGACUCUGCUCUGCAGUGACCACUUCAGGAGUGAGGACUUUGACAGGCUGGGGCAGACGGUCCGGCUUAAAGAUGGUGUUGUGCCAACCCUUUUCAACUUUACAGCUCGUCUUCAAAGGUCGGUAGCAACAAGAAGCACAACCACUUCUAAAAGAGCGGAAGACAACCUGGCAAUGGACUUGAUCCCUGAUGGAGCCACUGGAGAGAGCAGAUUGAGCCACAAGCGCCAGGCCACUGACCACUUGUAUGCAUUGCCUGCUUGCCCUAAGGCUAUAAAGGCCAAACUUGAAGAAGCCUCAGCGAGAGUGAGGAAACUGCAGCAGGAGAAGAGCAAUGCCUUGAGGAGAGAAAACCGGGCCAAGAACAACAUGCAGGCUGUUCUGGAGGAACUGAAGGAGAAAAAUCUCAUCAACGAUGAGCUGAAAGACAAGCUUGACUGCUACUCAGAUCUUCCGGUUCAUCUCCUGUCGAGGCAGGGCGUAGAGUACACCGAGGCCCAGAGAGAUUUUGCCCUUACGCUCCAUCUGCAUGGUCCAAAGGCAUAUCACUACCUGAGAGAUACUCUACAUAUUCACCUGCCACAUCCCAGUUCAUUGCAAAGGUACAUGCAUCGUCAUAAACAUUGACACGUUGAUGACGAUGGUUCCUGUGCUGCUUGAAGGACAGCGAUAUGUCCUGUUCCAAGGGACCACUUGGAACUUCUCUUUAACUCCAUCAGAGCAUCCGGUGGCUGGAAUAACUAACCUAAUGCUGGCCAGUUCAAAUGGGUCUGGCUUCAGAAAGCUGUUGGCCUGCUGUGGAGUUGGUAGUCCCCAGCAGCGGUCAUGGACACCUCUAUAAGCCUGUAGAUAUAUCCUCUGCAGCAGGAGAAGAAGGUCUUCCAUUCCCGUUGGCUGACAUUCCUGCCCUAGUACACGACCACAGCUACCUUCCCGUCAGCUUCGAUGGUCUUGAGGACAACGCUCUCGUGUACAUUUCAGAAUGGCAGACUGCCGACGUGGACUUCCCGCCUAACGCCCCGGCCCCCUCUAAGAUGGCGUCCAUCCCAGAGUGUGCCAUCUGCCUGCAGAGCUGCGUGCACCCCGUGUGCCUCCCGUGCCGCCACGUCUUCUGCUUCCUGUGCAUGAAGGGCGCCUCGUGGCAGAGCAAGCGCUGUGCCCUCUGUCGACAGGAGGUGCCUGAGGACUUCCUGGAGAGGCCCAAGCUGCUCUCGCCGGAGGCGUUGCGGGCGGCGGCGGUGGGGGGGGGCGACGGAGGGGACCACGCCUGGUACUACGGGGGGAGCGGGGGUUGGUGGCAGUACGACGAGCGCACCAGCCGCGAGCUUGAGGACGCCUCCGCCAAGGGCCUGACCAGCGCCGAGAUGCUGAUCGCGGGCACCCUGUACGUGGCCGACCUGGAGAACAUGGUCCAGUACCGGCGGAACCAUCCCGCCCGGCGCCGCCGCAUGAAGCGGGACGCCGCGGGGGUCCCGAAGAAAGGGGUGGCUGGGCUGAGGCUGGAGCCCGAGGUCGACGCGGCCGCCGACCCCGCCGUCGGCCCGCCUUUAGCGGCGGCGGUGGUACCCUCCGCGGCGGUGGUACCCUCCGCGGCGGUGGUAACCUCCGCGGCGGUGGUACCCUCCACGGCGGCACCGGAGCGCAUCAGCUCGGCGGACGGCGCCGACGCAGACGGUGCCCCGGGCCGGGCGCAGUCUGCCUCCGGCGUCGGGGCGCUGCCCUCCGUCCUCCCGCUCAGACCUCCCACGAUCCUCGGCGGCCACGUGGCCCGGCCUCCCUCGCCCGCGUCGUCACCGUCCCUGGAAGAGGCCCUCUCCCAGCUGGGGCUCAGCCAGGGGCCCGCGGGGGAAGGAGGCGGGGCAUCUGUGGACGGAGGCCUGUCGUAUGAGUGCGGGUCUGGCAGCAGUGAGGGGGAGGGGGACGAGCCAGGGCCGCGGCAGAGGGGCGUUCCGUUGGUACGGCAACUCAGGGAGACUCGGCCAGACAGAACGCCGCCAGGAGGCGGGCCCAGUGGCUUGACCCGCGGCCACACCCCCGACGGACAGUGCACUGGGUCCCAGGUGUGACCGGGAUGAGGAGAAUCGUUGGCGUCAUUUAUGGAACCAGUCACUGCUCGUGCGGUUCAGUUGAUUCAGUUCAGUGAACGCUGUCGAUCAAAGGCGACUUUCAUGUUCUUUGAGAAGUGAGCCAACUCUUUGCUUUGUAACCUGCAGCCGUAUGCCUGCUGUACUUUCUACUGCUGAUCCUCAAGAACAAAAACCUGUUAUCUAUUUCUCACUGAAUUUACAGAAGAUUGUGUCUGCCGUGAAGAUAAGGAAAAUAAUUUGCACCUACUUUUUCUCCAGGGCUUUGGGGAAGAGGCUUAAUGUAGUUCGAUAACAUUGGGAGAUAGUUCCCUCUUUUAUGAUGAUUUUGUUUAACCGCUUAAAUUGUGAAUUGUAGCACUUUAUAUGCAAUCGGUUAGGACUUUAACUGCCGUAGGUCAUUCUUUAGUAAUAUUGACAGGGAACCAUAACCCAAUUAACGUGUGUGUGUGUGUGUGUGUGUGUGUGUGUGUGUGUGUGUGUGUGUGUGUGUGUGUGUGUGUGUGUGUGUGUGUGUGUGUGUGUGUGUGUGUGUGUGUGUGUGUGUGUGUGUGUGUGUGUGUGUGUGCGUGUGUGUGUGUGAAUCAGAUUAUAUUGGCUCUAUUUAAAUCGCUGAGCAACGGUUGUUAUAUUAAUAUUGUGGUUGUGUUGUGAGCGGGGAUGGGUGAUGAAACGUAACUGGCGCCGCCACUGGAAAGUAUCCGGACACAUUUAGAAUGUUCCAUUUGGACUUCUUUUCCUCACCCACAACAGACGUACUUUAUCAAAAUACUAUCAAAACGGGGAUUUACAUGUACCACACGUACUUGCGGUAUAGGAUCAGUAGCAACUCUUGGAGACACCCAUUUUCUGACCAUCAGGUUGGAGUCGCCUAAGCAAUAGAUUGGAUACAACAAUCCUUCUGUUGAUUUCCAAAAGCUAUUGAUUAAGCUUAAUUCCUACUUCAUCCAAUAUUGGGUGAGCAAUUACUUUAGGGUGCAUUUGUGUGAUCUGUGAUCUUUACUUGUUUUUUUUAAAUAAUAGGUAUUAUCUCCAAAAAGUAAUACUUCUCAACCUUUAAUGCAUUUUUCAACGUGCCAUGACAUUGAUUCAUUAAAUAGGCCUAUAUGGGGUCUGUCCAAAGGAUGGCGCUAUUGUAUCAACAUUUUCUUCCGUCUGCACAGAGAAAAGUUAUUUGGUCUUAAAGGAUUGGGAAAAUGUAAACAGCAAAUGUUUUUGUUUUAAAUUAGUUUGAUAGAGGUAUCACUUAUUGAACAACUGAUGCAAUUGUAUGGUGAAUAAUGUUAGAAAAACAUCCACAAUAACUUAAGUAAGAAUUAAUGCUUUCUAAAAUAGAUACAUGGUUUUCUCCAUUAAUCUGUCCUUUAUACCUAUCGGAUAAAAUGUGGAUUAAGCAAAACUGGAUUAAUCAACCCAGAAUAUGAAUAUUAAAUACCUGUGUCUGUUUAAUACUAUUCUUACUGAUUAUUUUUCUGUUCAUAAAACAGUUUAAUCAGGAUAACAGUGUCGUAUUACGUUAGACAAUGCAUAUAAAUUAUGUACUUUACCAAUACACAGGCUUACAUGAGGCAAUUUCGUGUGGCAUAAGCCAGGGUAAAAACCUACAGAUGUGCCUCAUGUUUAUAUGAAGGCUGUAGUUGUAGUAGUCUGCAUGGCAGCCCAACAAGAUUAUACCAACACUGCACUAUUCAUCCCCUGCCUACUGGAGACUAGUGUGAGGGGAGCAGUAGAGCAGUAGUGCCCUUCAUUCACUGCCUCUCUUGAAUUAGUCAGUUUGCUGUUUAUCUGUGUUUAUUUGUUGUUUGAUCUAAACCCUAUUUAGCCAGGAAAGGCUUUGCUUUUUUUUUUUUUUUUUUUGCUCUCCCAAAUACUUCUCCAUCCAUACUCAGUGGAAGAUAUCAGAAUACCUGGUUGUUUCAUUAAUGAUCAUAGAUCGACUAUAAGCCUGUUACUUAUGAUUGGCCAUAAUCGCUGAUUAUGGCUUUGUUUUGAAUGUUUUGUUAGUUUUAGUACUAUUCUUUCAGAGAAAAUAAAGACAUUUCCACGUCCA